AUGAAAAAGACGCCUUUUACCUUACAUUUAGCUUUAGAAUAUUGCAACUCUUCAUCAUCACAAUAAUACAAUAACAGAUUAAAAUAUUAUCAUUUUUCGGUGUAAUCAGACAGACCCGGACCACAAAAAAAUUUGUUAGGACUAAAAAUUCAUGUUUACACUUUAGAAUCAUAUUUCUAGAGCUUGUAAUAAAUUAGAGAAAUUAAAAAUUUAGAAAUUAGUUCAGAAAGCAGCAUUAUAGAAUCAAGUGAAGAAGAUAAUAAAAAUAAAGAUUAACAAAAUAUAUAAUAAAUGUAAAGAUUAUUAAGACAAAAAAGUGAAGGUGUAAUUUAAGAAAUGCAAGUUAAUGAUGAGUAAAAAGAUGUUCAAUAAUAAAAUUUAAAUAACACAUUAGAAAAAAAUUUAACUGAUUUCAUGUAAUUUAAUCAAGAUUACAAAAAUUUAAGUGAAGAUACAAAAUUUAGACUAAAUUGUUCAUUCACAAAAUUAUUUUAAAAAAAUGUUCAAUGGAUUUUUUGGAGAUAUUACGAAUGGUUAAAGUAAAAAUUCUUUUGUUAUCAAUUAAUUGUAAAUAAUGAAAAAGGAACACUACUGUAAAACUCUAAAUAAAUUUAUCACUCAAUUCCACCUAUAUAAGGAACAGAGACAUAUUUUAACGAAGAGUACAAUAAAUUAAAAACUUACUGUUUUAACGAGGGUUUACCCUUAUUUUUCUAAACAAUAACAAUGAAUGAGUUUGAUGAAAAAACUUUUAAAAAUAUGAGAGGUUUGAAUUAUUUAGAUUUAGAGGACUUUCAAAUAGUGUAAAGAUUGAACAAAGUUAAUAUUCGUUACGAAGAGCUAAUGUAAAACGCAAACAAUUUUGUAGAUUAUUAUUUAUUCUUAAUGAAACAUUACAAAAAGGUAAUAAAAAAUAAAUUUAACAAUUAAUUGAAUCCACAUAAAGAUUUUAAUCAUUAUAAAUUUGGGUUAUAUGGGGAUUAUAAGGCAAUGGUUACAAGAAUUGAAUUUUAAAAUAGGGGAUCAUUGCACUUUCACUAAUUUAUUUUUAUCAAUUAAAAUGAAAAUAAUUUAUAUAAUGAAUGUUAUUUAUAAUAUAUACUUGGUGAAUUUUCAUUAUAUAAUAGCAAUUUUCAAAAAGAUGUUAAAUUUUUACACAAGUAUGAUUUAUUUCAUCAUUGUUCUUUGGAAAAAUGCAUCACAAAAGACACACAAACAUGCCGAUUCGGAUUUCCCUAAAAUAUUACUAACGGAUAAUAUAAUACAAUAAAGGGAAUAUAGAAUAAUUAAAGAAGAUUGAAAUAAGAAGAUUAAAAUGUUAUUACAUUUUAUAGGGACACAGUAAAAUUUUUCAAUUCAAAUUGUUAAAUAAAUAUGUGUAAUGAUGAAAAUAUUUUGGGUUAUUUAACAAAGUAUAUUAAUAAAACACAAUAAAAAAAUAAAAACUUAACUGGAAAAGAGAGUGCUUCAAGAGAAAAUAUGUUUGAUUACCCUGAAAACAAUACAAUAAUGGACCAAGUAAAAAAAUUUUUAGAUGAAAAACAGACUUCACUCUAAGAAGCCUAUUUUGCCUUUAAAUAAACAUAAAUAAUUGAAUCUUCUUUUAAUGUCAUAAAAAUAAAAUAAUAACCUAUGACAACUUAAAUCAGUAGCAAGGUUGAUUAUUUUGAUUAAAUAACAGUUAAAAAUGUUGAUGAAAUGUUUGAAAUUAACUAAAUUUCGAAUAGUUGGUAUCGAUAUAUCAAUAGACCAGAAGAAUUAGAAUUACUUAAUUUUUAUGAGUAUUGUGUAACAACAAUUUUUUAUGGAAAAAAAUAAAAAUACAUAAUGAAAAUGAAACAGGAAUUAAUGUCUAACAUUUUGAAUGGUGCAAUUAGAAAUUUUUUGGUUGAUUAAAAUUCUAAUAUAAUUAAAAUAAAAGAAAACUCAUAAAAUAAAAAAAUUAUUAUUUAAACAUCUUAUUUGCACCCUUCAGAAGACUAUAAAGGGAUAAAUAAUGUGUAUUUUUUAUAAAUGUUACAAUUAUUUUGGCCUCAUAGAAAAAAUUCAUGGAUUCAAAAUACAUUUGAUAAUUACGAUGGAUAUAUAAAAGCAUACCACAAUUUAAUAAAUAGUUUUGAUUAUCCUAGAGAAGAUAAUAUUUAAAAUUAUUACAGAAUAAAAUACUGCAAAUAUUAAGAAUAUCCUUUAAAACAUUAUGUAUAUUAGAUUUAAUUAAUUAAAUUGAAUAAUAAAUGGAUAUAGAGUUAGAAUAUAAACGCAUUGAUGAUAUAAAAACAAUUAUUCCAUACCUUUAUCCAUAAAAAGUGA